AGACGAUGUUCUUUCUACAAUUAUACUUUGGUCUCAACAGUUGGUGAAAGGAACACCGACACGACUUCCCUUUCCUAUCUCAUUGAAAAAUCGCGCCCCAUCAAGAUCAUCUUCGCUGCUCAGUAUUCCUAUAACGUAGGAUGCUGUUCAGAGAGUGAAAUGUGAAGGAUUAUGGAGUUUCUAUGAAAUAAAGAACAGGGACCACUGACAGGGCCACGCUGAAAUAUUUGAGGAAUCACGAUCCUAAUAUACCUUAUUCCAUCAACACUGUACAUCUACAGGACCCGUACAAACAUCCUCUUAGAUUAGAAGGAUACGCCACUGCAGACAUUUUCAAAGUUCGACCAGCCUCGUUUAAGAUUAUGUAUCGAUCGAAGGAUACGACGUUAAGGUCUAGGCACAGCAAGAACGCGCACGCCAAGAGGGAAAGUCCUCUGAUGCAUUAUGACAAUGACGACGACAAGGGUAUAAGUAAAAGUGAAAAUCAACGAUGCAUAAGGAUUACGAACAUUAUGAAGCAAUAUUGUACAAAUAGUACUCUUCAUGGCUUACGUUAUAUCGGAGAUUCGAAUUUGUCAAUUGUCGAGAGAAUCUUCUGGGUAAUUUCCUUUACACUAGCGGUUCUAACAGCCGCUUAUUAUAUUUGGUUCCUAUAUCGAAAGUGGGUUUCGACACCCAUUAUCAUUGCUCUCAGUCCAGAAUCGGUGUCCCUGGACCAGUUUCCGUUCCCCUCAGUUACCAUUUGUAACAUGAACAACGUAAAAAAAAGCGAGGCAGUUCGUAUAAACUCUGGGAACGAUAUACGAAAGAAGCUGUUAUUGGAGGAUAUGUGUCGUCUUGAAAGUAUGUCGCCUCGCAGUUUCAACGAGAGCACGAUAACUUGGGAUAACGUCCUGCGUUUUAUGAUCAACGUGUCGCAAUCUUGCACAGACAUGCUGCAUUUGUGCAAAUGGCACGGGAAUGUUACUGAUUGCGAGAAGAUAUUUAAUCCCACCAUGACAGAUGAAGGGAUGUGUUGCAAUUUCAAUUCUGUCGACAGAAAGUACCUGUUUUAUAAUCCACGAGAUUGGUCCGACAUCAACAUGACGUUCCCAUUUAACAACAUCGAUUGGAAUCCUGAAACCGGAUACGAUGAAAACGUACCUCCAGAUUCCAUUCCAUGGAGACCAUACGGUGCUGGACAAUACUAUGGUCUGACUCUGGUUCUUGAUGUAGACGUCGAUGAAUAUUACUGUUCGUCCACUGCCAGUGUUGGUUUCAAGAUGCUGCUGCAUAACCCGGUGGAGACACCAAAGAUCGCCGAAUUUGCGUUCACCGUGACUCCGGGCGAGGAGACUAGAGUGAUCAUAGCGCCCCGGAUAUUGUCCGCCAGCAAGUCGAUAAUCUCUGUUCCCCUAAAGAAGAGGAAGUGCUUCUUCACCUCGGAGAGAAAGCUACGUUACUACAGAACCUAUACGCAGAAGAACUGCAUCCUCGAAUGCGAGGCGAAUUUCACGCAGAAAAUCUGUCAUUGCGUCCAGUAUUACAUGCCCAAAUCCUCUAACACGUUAAUCUGUGAGAAGAAAGACGAUACAUGUGCGAUGAAAGCUCGCAGAGCAAUGGAAGUUAAACUUUACGACGAUGACAUUGGGAUAGCCUUAAACGUCUCUGAAACGCCCAGUUGCAACUGCUACCCCGGAUGCUUCGAGAUCGGUUACAACGUGGAAAUCUCACAGAGCAAACUGGUGUCCUCUUUCAUUGUUCCUGACAGUUACGUGAAGAAAAGCAAAGAAUACUUCUCUACCAACAUGGCGGUGGUCCAUCUGUUCUUCGUCGAUUCCCAAUUCACUAAGUAUAUGAAGAACGAGUUGUUUGGUUUCACAGAAUUUCUAUCUAAUACUGGUGGCUUGUUGGGUCUCUUCAUGGGCUUUAGUUUCCUCUCUUUGGUGGAAAUCAUGUACUUCGCGACAUUGCGGUUCUGGUGCCGCAUAUACAAAAAGAGGCAUGUUUCUCGCGAUAAUACUCUUCACGUGCAACCAUUCGACUCUAAUACUAACCUCGUUUAUCCCUUUGUACAAUGAUCUAUCUAUUCUCACUUUUUUCAAGAAACUUACUCAUUUUUGACAAAAGUUUUAUUGUCGUUAAUCGUUAGUAUAUAAAUUGCAUGUAAAUAGAUGUUUGAUCCACAAAAAUGUGCGAUAUUAUGUAAUUUAUGAGUUUUUGAAUGUACUGUGAAGAAAUAUAUUUGAGAAUAUAAUGUGCUUCUCAACUAGUGUA